AUGGCUGCGCCAGAGUAUACUACAAGUUCAGUACCGACCAACCCUGCCAUAGAUGAUGGCAACCCCCUGUCCAGAAAAAGCCUAAACCACGCACGGCGGCUUUUACACUGGCACGAACCAGGGACGAGCACAGAAGAGAAGUGGCUAAUCUUCAAAUUGGACAUCUUCAUUCUGCUCUAUACCUGUCUAACAUUCUUUGUGAAAUACUUAGUAAGACCCCGUCAACGCAAACAUUCACAUAAUACAUGCUUACCAGCUUCUUCCAAGGACCAAACAAAUGUCACGAAUGCAUACGUUUCAGGGAUGAAGGAAGACUUAGAUCUGAGAGGAAAUGAGCUGAACUGGUUUACGACGUACUUUAACAUCGGGGUUAUGGCUGGGGCUCCAUUUUUCACCAUGGCGCUCACAGUGGUCCAACCUUGUUACUGGCUAUCGACUUGCACCAUGUUUUGGUCGUUCUUCGUUCUGUUUAUGUACAAGGCAGAGUCGGCAAAGGCGAUUUAUGUUCUCCGAUUCUUUACGGGUUUAUUCGAGUCCGGCGCCAUCCCCGGUGCCUUCUACAUUAAGAUUGGAAGUUGGUAUCGAUCAUCCGAAAUUAGUCGGCGGUCCUCGAUAUUUAUGUUCUCUUCGGUCGGUGGACAAAUGGUUUCAGGUUUCAUUCAAGCUGGCCUGUAUCAUAAUAUGUACCACCACAUGGGGUUGGCGGCCUGGAGAUGGGUGUUCAUAUUUGACUUUGUUAUCGGUAUCCCUGUUGCUCUUUUUGGAUUCUUCUGUUGUCCGGAUGAACCAAGAUCUUCGAAGGUAUGGUGGAUGACCGAGAAGGAGCGUCAGAUUUGCAUUGAUCGUCUAGCCGAUGAGGAUCGCGAUGCCAUGAAAGCGAGCUGGAAUAUCGCAGCAUUCAAGCGUAUUUUCUCCUCAUGGCAGCUCUAUGCAUUUUGUGUCGCAUGGGCAGUUAUGGAAUGCACCUGCGGUGUCAACUUACAGAGGUGGAUGACUCUGUACUUAAAAUCAUUGAAAGUUAACGGGCACAACAAAUACAGCAUCGAGAAGAUUAACAACCUCCCCACCAUCAUUGGCUGCGUGGAACUCGUUUGGAUGUUGGUUAGUUCCGCAUUGGUGGACAAGACCCAAAACCCUCCAUUGGUCCUUCUCGGACUCGGAUUGUUUCAGCUAUACGCCUAUGUUGCUUUCUUGGUUUGGCCAACUAACGAAGCUUUCAUGAUGGCAACCUACUACCUUUGUAGCGCAUACGGUGCCAUUUCGCCUUUGAUAGGUGCUUGGUUAAAUUCAAGCUGCGGUGGUGACAAGCAGCUGCGUGCCUUGGCCACUUCUCUGAUGAUCUCGGUUGGAUACGCAGUUGGAACGGUAACUCAACAAUUCAUGUUCCCUACGUCCCAGGCCCCACGAUUCAAAGAGACCAACGGAUAUGCUUUUGGUGUUGCUUGGGUGGCUAUAACCAUUGUCUGGCUAUGUUUAGCUCUGCCAAUCAUCGAGCGAUAUUUCAAGCGCAAACAAAUGGGGGAUUUGCUUUGA